AUGGGCCAGUCUGACCCGUCACCGGUUGCGCCUCAUACACAGCACUGGCUUCUGCGGCUGCCACCUUACUUUUGGUCGCAGAUGUAUCUCUACCUCGACUACGUCGACAUCUUGAAUCUCUCCUCGCUAAACUCUGACUUCUUCGCCGAGGAUGUCGUAAAAUACCUACCUGAAUCUGUUCGCUACACAGCGGUUGCAAAGGUUCAUGCCAAUUCCGACCCAAAAACACACAGUGCUUGCUACCUCUGUUUCCGCAUAAAACCCGUUGAAGAAUUCCAACAACCGUACACAAUGGCCUCAUACGCGCGAGUCUUGCAGCGCAACGAAUAUACCGGUCAGCGUAUCUUCGAGGUGAUUUCAGAGCCUUCUCCAGGUUACACAAGCAACAUUUUGCAGCCUCCAUCCCUCCCAGUGUCACCCGCCACGGUGAGCAUGGGUACGGGCAUGAGCCCUUUUAUCUUGAGCACCGCAGUCAGUCCUUCAGAGCCUGUAGGUUACAGUAUCGAUAUCGGGUUUCGCGGUGGCAUCGGCGGUAUCGGUAGCCAAGCUGCUUCCGGUUCGUCCAGGGCGGGCCGCUUGCACCGCAGAUGGCAACCACAGGCGCCGGGCGCCGAGGUGGGCCAGAUUGAGAGCCUCCGCACAUACUGCAUCCAAUGCGCACUGGAGACGCACCUCGCGAUUGCCGGUGAUGUUGUGGAGCCACGUGUCGGGCCGAGGUUGUGGGUGUGCGCUUGUCAAGUGGCGCGCAGGCAGGACAACGGCCAACGGUGCUUGACUUGCGGCAUGAGCCCAGUCUAUCGAGAUGCAGUGAACCAAUAA